AGGUUCUUACAAACUCUCAUUCAUUGUGUGUUGCAUAACAAGCUUCAUAUUUAUAUAGGUUUUAUUUGAUAAAAGUAAAUAUGUUACUAGAAUUGCAACUAAUAUCAUCAGAAUUGGGAAAGAUGGCUCGAAAAGGAUAAUUUUCUUUAACGUUUCUCUCCUAUUUUGUGGACAAAUAUGGGUAUUAAUAUUAUAUUAUUACUAUUGGACCAUAAGGAUCAAGAUAGGAACAAACAUAGUUGGUAAGUAUGGCUUGCUCAAUCAAGGAGUGGAAUGGAAAAUCCUCAUAAAUAUGUUUUUAUCGCUGCUCAUUCAAGGGUUGAAGAUAGGGAUUUCUCAAAUGAUGAUAAAAAAGAUGCAGAACAUUUUGCAGCUGCUAAUGAUGACUGAUGAGGCCAAAUUGAAUCCCAUAAAUCUCACCAAUGACAUCAUCCCACGUGUCAUGCCAUAUCUUUAUAACUCUGCUAAGACGUAUGGUAAAGAUGGAGGAAAUUCGUUGGCAAAGUUGCUACUAAGUGGGUUAGCAGAUGUUGAAGCUGAUCAAUGGGCAAAACAUAGAAAGAUUAUAAAUCAUGCAUUCCAUGUGAAAAAGCUUAAGCAUAUGGUACCGGCCUUUUACAUUAGUUGCAGUGAUAUGAUCAACAAAUGGGAAGUAUUAACAAAAGAAAGAUCAUGUGCAGUGGAUUUAGUUAUGAAGGGUUUACAAUCGAGGAGGAGCGAAAACGCCAUUUUUGUUUCUGUGAUGAUGAUUCCGUGGGGUGUCAGCCAUGAUCACAUGUGGCGAUAUUGCGUCCCUCGAGAGGGAGCCUCUGUUUUAGUGUCCUGUGGUAUACGGAUGGCUAAAAGAGUGAUUAGCCAUGGUUCAAAAAUGGAGAUCAUGUCUGAUUUGGAAUUGGAAGACGAAUGCUAUGAAGAGAUAUUGGUCACGGAUGAUAGGUUAAAAGGGUUGGAUGCAUUUUCUGAGAAGCGGAAACCAUAGUACAAACGCGGAUGAAAUUAACGUACUAUGGGCGGAUGGUUGUCUUACUUUAACAUGGAGUUGCAGAGAGAGAACUUGGUCUUUUCAAUAACUAGGAGGGGAAGUGAUGAUGGCAGGAAGGGAAAUAGGGGUAAAUUAGUCAUUUGAGGAUAGGAAGGGUUUUUUGUAACUAGGAUGGGAGGUGAUGAUGGCAGGAAGGAAAAUAGAGGUAAAUUGGUCGUUUAAGGAUCACCGAUUGUAUUAUUGCUUUUGUAACUUAGGAUUAGACUUUUAAUUCUUAUACAAUUGAUUAAAAUUCAAUUUUUUUUAACUAUAUAUGUCACCCAUAAUAGCAACAUACUUACAUUUCGAUACCAAUAUCAACAAUGGUCAUCAAAUCACCAACAAUAUACUGAGC